GACUUCAUCCGCUUUGUGUUGUCAUAUUCUACACAUUUUGAGAAACGCUUAAUGAUCCAUAAGUACAAACAAAUUUAAAGGAGCAUCCAUCCCCACGAACUUGUUCUUAGUUCCAACGGCGAACCCACCCACCUCGCUUCUGUUAGUCGCCAAACGCGCGCUGCUCCCAACAUACAACUAUUUACCCGCAUUGAAAUGGAUGAGACAGUAUACGUUCGUACAAGGUCAGACCAAAUGCGCAACAGUCUCUCGAGAGACUCGGGCAUGGUUGAAGACCGGCGAUCAUCUCCCGCUGGUUCCGCAUACUCUCACGAUAUUCCUACCUCUUACGCCUCAGUCCCUCCGUUUAACUAUUCGGUGCCGUAUGAUUCUUCGCUCCCUACUCCAGUAUCAGUUGCGGGAUCACCCUCGAUGAAUGAACGGACUGCGAAGAUCAUGCAUCCGUACAGCCAGCACCGGGCAAGCUCCCAACAGCCCACCCCUCCAAACACGUCACGGCCGUGGGGGAACUAUCAGAUGAACGCUCCCGCCGACCUCCUAGAAAUGCCCGGCCUAGAAGCGCACCAACCUUCUAGUGACCAUGGACAAAUGGUCUCGGAACCUCAAUUUCAAUGGGGCCAUUAUACUGUCUCAAGCACCGAGGCACCCGAGGACAUGCAGCCGCAAAUGACGCACCCGUCAAUGUUCUCGGUUGCGCCUACGGAUCUGGUUAGGCCUCCGAUUACUAUCCACCCUCAAAAUAUGCCUCUUCCUGCUCCAGCGCAGGUACCUAUUCUACAUCAUUCUCCAGAUCCACGAGAUCUAGCUCCUUCGGUAACACCAAUCGACAAUAUGCAUCAUCACUUCCCUAACAUUGUGCACCAGCCGCAGGUGAUUAUGGACUUUGCACCGUACAGGAGAAAGUCUUCCAAGUCCUCGAGAAAUGGCCGAUCAGGUAGACCCCCGAAGAGACCCCGGACCCAAAACCGAACCCUUUCAAAACGCGACGAUGCGGAUAUGGUGGACCCCCAGCUUACAUCGGCGGAUGACGCCUCUUCGAGUUCGAAACCGUCCGGUCGAAGUAUCACCUUGAGGCCUGAUGCUCCUGAAAAGGACCGUUUCAUAUUGGAACUCAGGUGUCAAAUGGACAACGACAAGGGGAAGGGAAUUUGGGAAGAAAUUACGAAGAAAUACGAAGAACGCUUCGGUAAAAGGCGACAAGAGUCACUACAAAUGAACCUUACCCGCGCUGUAUUAAAAUACGCAGAGUGGCCUGCUUCUGAGGAUGAAGCUUUAAGACGUGCAGUUGAGGAGCUCGACCGACGCCGCUACGCAGAUUUAGCUAAACUGAUGAAAGAGAAGUAUGGGGGCUGCCAGGCGUGGGAGUGGAAGGAGGGCCACAUUCUCAAGCGGUUGAUCGAUCUCGGCAUUGAGGAAUUCGACCCCGAAGACGUAACAAAAAAGCCUCGCCGAAAAUCUAAGAAGGCCAUGAGUAAGCGUCCGACUGGGAAGCAAUCCUGGGCCAACCCAACUGUGACCCUCCCGUACGAAGAUGGUCGCGAAAUAUCCUCUGAGCAGGAAAACUACAUCUUAGAAAAUUACUGUAAGCCGGACCCCGAAUCUCCUGACCCAGAUGCUAUGAACGGCAUCAUGGAGCACCCGAAUACAUUGCCUACUAGAGGAAGCACUGAGAGAGACCCCGGGGAGAGUCGAAGCGAGCGAGUGGCAAAGCAAGCGUGCGAGCAGCUACUCUCAAAGAGGAGUGAUCAUGUAUAUGGUGCCCUGCCAAUGGGCGAACACCACAACUAAAUGUUACGAGGCGAUUUUUGUCAAAUUUUUCAACAUAGUAUACGGAUUUUCAUCACCGCUACUCAUGACAUCAUUAUAAUAAUUGUGCGGCUGCUUACACAUCACUAGAAGAUACUUCAAUGUCAUAAUUUUAGCGAUUGCUUUGGAGUUGGCGGGAGGCUUCAUAUCGCCAU